CAACCGCCAGCCGGGUAAUUUUGACCUGAAGACAAUAUUUGACUUGAGCUGACUUUACUUGAACAACUCUUUAAAUAAAUGGUCUGACAUGUUCUCUCUUUUGCAGGUCACAAAAAUGGAAAGAAACAGCUUCUUACCCCAGACCGGCCAAAACGGCUCUGGAAUUCCCCCCGCUGCAGUCAAUGAGACCAUCGUGGAUAACCCGACAGGCACUGCUCUAGGCGCCCUCAUCCUGAGCAUCACCUUCCUCUUGGGCUUCCCCGGAAACCUCUUCAUCAUCUGGAGCAUCCUGGCGCGGGCCCGAAAACAGUCUGUCACCACCCUCCUCAUCCUCAACCUGGCUAUCGCAGACGGCUCCCUGAUGGCCCUCACCCCGUUCUUCAUCGUCUACCUUGUGUUGAAGAAGUGGGUGUUUGGGAAUGUGAUGUGUAAGGUCCUCUUCUACCUGUGUCUGGUCAACAUGUACGCCUCCAUCCAGCUCAUCACGCUGAUGAGCUUAUACCGACUGGUGGCGAUUCUUUGGCCCCAGCGAGUCACGAAACUCACCAGCAGGAAGACCGUGUUACGAGUGCUGGCGGUGGUGUGGGUGUUUGUGAUGAUCGCCUCAAUUCCUGCGAUGUACUUCAGAAGAGUGAAGAAAAAAGGGACGGUGUCAGUGUGUGAUUCGUUCCACGAUUACGACAGCCAUGUGGUCCUUCAGUACACACUGGAGCUGGUGUUAGGGUUUUUGAUUCCCUACACUGUCAUCGUAGUCAGCUACAUUCGCAUUUUACGGCGGAUACGAAGGAUCAAGUUUGGGCGCCGCGUUCGAAGUGAGAAGCUCAUCCUGGCCAUCGUAUUGACCUUCUGCCUCUUUUGGUUGCCAUACCACAUCAUCAACAUGGUGCAGGUUACAUGGGCUCUGUGUCCUGACGGUAACGCAAAAAUAAUAUUGGAUAAAAUAUGGCACCGGAGCCGUGCUGUCACUUCCUCCAUAGCCUUCAUCAGCAGCUGUGCCAACCCAGUGCUUUACUUCUUCGCAGGAAAAUCCUACAUCCGACGAGAAGGGCUGGCUUUCAUGGCCCGCCUGUUUGAGGGCACGGGGUUGGACUCAGCCUCCAGGAAGAUCCGACAGAACAGCCAGAACUGUAGUAAAGAGAAAGACAAAGACGCAGAAGCAGUUAUGCUAAAGGACAAAGACGGAGACUCUGCUACCAACUCAAGCUCAAAUGUGAAACCAGUGAGGAACGGGAAGUAGGAGUACAACACCACAGAUGGAUUUGGCUCCCCUGGAGGAGACAGCUGAAACACUCAGGCCUUCAAAUCUCCAAACAAAAACACUUAAUAAAUGUGAAAUACACUUUGGAGUUAGCCAAAGACAGAUGGUUCUCUUUCCAAGCGUCUGCAUUAAACUGAACCCUGCAAACUAGUGCUUCCUUGUGUUGUGCAACAACUCAUUAUUUUGUUUACUGGAUUGAAUAUGAGCCUUGGUUUGCUAUGAACAACUCCAUACGGAAAAACUAAAGAAUAUCAUCCAGGAUGCUGACUUUCCUCACUACUCCAUCCCUCAAAGAGAGGUGGUGCCUUGGCUUUAUACUGUACAUUGUCAUUGUAGAUACAUUUACAGUAAUUUUGUCUUUUUUAAUUUUUUUUUUAGUCAUUUUGUACAUGCAGUGUAUUUUUUUUUUGAUUAACGCCUGCUGGAUGCACUGAAAUAUGAAUAUGAAAACAAGCAGUAAAUGUUGCUUUACCUCAGAGACA